CCGUUUCAUGGCGCUCGUGGCAUGCUGUGCUACCUCCGGCCAUGACUUUCUUUGGUGCCGUCAACACAUCACUUGGUCUGUGUUUUUCUCUUCCUGAGAGAGACUUGUUAACGCGGUUGAUCCUGCAGCGCACCCUCGGCCUCGGCCUGAUGUGUCGGAAGAUCUCUUUGAGAUGUACGGCCUAACGGGUCUCGCUGCGGAGGUCGCCCGUGUGCUCCCCAACGGCGAAAAGAAUGCGCUUAGGAAAACGUAUAAAGGUCACAUCAAGAGGCUUGGCGUUCAAGGCCACUUCGACGAAGUCAAGCAAGACCCGAACCGGGAGUACAGCCUGACGUACCUCAUGAAGCUGCCUCAAGAUGUCUGGGACUACCAGCACGUCCGAGGGCAGGAUAUCAAGGACGGUUUCAGCAGCGAGGUGCAACAGAAGUUGUUGAGGGCAAUGACCAUGGGCAAGGGAGUUGUGCCCAAAUCUCAGUGGGACAGCUCCGUGCUGGGAGAUCUCGCCCCCGGAAAGGCCGACAGGCAGUCGCUGUCGGCUAGACCGACGGCGCCAAAUACGCCGGUUCCCUCGGCCGGUCUGCAAGGCGUGCCUCGACCCAAGGUGGGCACUCCACUUGCGCAGCCGCAGGACGCGGGCAGAUCGAUGCGAAACAUCAAGAAACGAAGCUACGGUGACAGCAGCUUCGAAGGCUAUGGCGAGGGCUAUGGCGACGACGAGACCGCCGCCGAAACCGGUUAUUCUACCGGAGAGGGCGACAUGGCCUCCGGCCAGAAGCGGAGAAAAAAGGUGCUCAUCAAUGACUACGAUCCGGUCUGAUGAGAAUAACCUUUGCUAAUUUGAACACAGUCUCAUUCAGGGGUCAACCCGUCGUCCUUCGCCAAGCAGACCCGGCAGCCUGCCUACGGUGCUGGCAUCGCGGGUACCUAGGACGUAGCCGGUGCCAGGUCUUGCAGCCAGUCUGUUGAGCCGCGCCGCCCAAGAGGCAGACCUCGUGCUCAGGGCACUUGA